UUUUAAUUCCCAGAUUUGGUGUCUUUGGUUGGUAGUAGUACAUAUAGAACAGGAGUAGUUAGAGGUUCUUGCGCUUUCAGUCCAGAGUUACUUAAUUUGCCCCCAACAACUCUGCAAAAAAGCUUUGCGGUAAAGCACUCUCUUCAGCUUGCCAAAUUUGACGAUGAGAUGUUUACUGGCUAGUGUGGAAUCUUGCAUCUUUUUGCACACUUUUUUCUAGCAGUUGUUGGAUUAUAAACCGAUGGUUGCUGUAAAGUUAUACAGCUGGAAAAGGGCGUUUUAUGAAUUUAUUCAAGAACAUCCAGAUUCCCGAUGCUUUCAGUAGAUUCCGUUUACAAAGCUGCUGCCUUUUCACUGAUUGCAAAUUUGCAAUUGCUCAUGGGCAGCAGAUGAGCAAAUGGGCUAUCAAGUUGUUGGAGAAUUUUAUUUUUUUUGUGGAGAUUUUUUGCAGCGCUUGAACUCUUGGCAAUCACAUCAUUCUGCCAGAUUUGCACGAUUCCCCUCCAGAAAAAAGAAUCAAUCUGUUUGCUAGAUUGGUGCCGAAGACUCAAGCUUUUUCUGAAAUCCCAUUCCCACCUGCAGAUUGAGCAGGCACAGCCGUACAUUCAGAGUUGGGGAUGAGCUAGCGAGGCAUGGAGGAGGUAGGCAUGGAGCUGGAGCGCACCGCCUGCAAGCGCCCUCGCGCCGCGCUGGACGGCGGCACGGCGGCCGCGGCGGCGUGGCGGACGUGCCGGGUGGCGCGCGCGGCCGCCGGCGGCAAGGACCGGCACAGCAAGGUCGUGACGGCGCGGGGGCUCCGCGACCGGCGCGUCCGGCUCUCGAUGCCCACGGCCAUCCAGUUCUACGACAUCCAGGACCGCCUCGGCGUCGACCAGCCCAGCAAGGCCAUCGAGUGGCUCAUCCGCGCCGCCGCCGGCGCCAUCGACGAGCUUCCCUCGCUGGACUGCUCCUUCGCCCUCCCCGCCGGCGCCUCCUCCUCCCCGCCGGCCGCCGGAGACGACGCCGAGGUCAGCACCUCCGAGACCAGCAAGAGCUCCGUGCUCUCGCUCGCCAACGGCCCGACCGACAACGCCACCACCGCUGCUCACCAAGUCAACCACGCCUACAACGGCGGCUCAUUCGCUGAGCUCCUGCACUGCUCCGCCAACGACAGCAAGCCAAUGCAGCAGCAGCAGCAGCCGACGCUCGCCUACUACGCCGCGCAGCUUCCGAGCUCCCACGCCGCGCCGGCCAUGUCCUUCGAGACGAUGCCCCAGCUCGCCUUCCUCCAGGAGCAGCCGCACCCCGCGGUCGGCUUCGACCGGGGCACACUUCAGUCCAAUGUCACCGUCGCUGCGCCGCUGUGGCCGCCAUCUCAGCAGGCGUGCUUCCUGCAGAGGUUCGCCGCUGCUCCGGUUGAUGCCGCUGGACUGCAAUUCUUUCUAGGAGGCGGCACUGCUCCUCCUCCGGUGACGGUCAAUGCAGAGCCGAGGCUGCAGCUCUGGGACUUCAAGCAGGAAAGGAAGACCUGAGAUGUGACAACCAGAGUUUGGUGUUUCAUAUGACUAUUUCGUGGAGAGUCGACGGCAACAGUGUUUGCUGAUGUGCCAAGUCAUCUCUGACAAGGUUAACCAAGAUCAGAAAGUUCAGAGCUGAAGAUAUCAGCGUGAGGAAGAUAUGCAAAGAUGUACUACCAUAUCUUUCAUUCAUCACUUCCAUUUGUCAUUGGCUUAGAGAAUGUGGCUUGUUUGCGACAUCUGUUGCUGUGAAUCUGUGAUGAGAUACCAUUUGUUAUCUUUUCUAAUUCGUCUGUUGUACUCUGGUAAUUUGACACUGGCAGACCUGAUGGUUCGCAUGGUUCCCUGAAUUUCACACAUCUGCUGAUCAUCAGUAAGUUGGUACCGGAAA